GCUCAGCGACUAACACUAGCAGCAAUGGCUACAGCACGAAAGCGCAGGCGGAUCCUGGAUUUAGGAGCGCAGUUCCAAGCGUCCUGCCCUUGCUGCUUCCGCCCGGGCGUGCCCUUCUGCGACAGUUGCGACCCCAAAAGCAGCGCGGAUCGGCUCACAGGCCUCCGCUCGCUGCUGUCAGCCUAUAACCUGGAUGCAUACCUGGUGACCAGCGAGGAUGCACAUCUCUCGGAGUACGUAUGCUCGGCAGACGAGCGGCGGAGCUUCCUCACGGGCUUCUCCGGAAGUGCAGGAAGUGCCCUGGUCACUAUGGAGAAGGCCCUGCUAUGGACGGACAGUCGCUACUUCCUGCAAGCAGAAAAGCAGCUUGAAGGAAGCGAGUGGAUUCUGAUGAAGCAGUUGCAGGCCAACGUGCCGGAGAUGAGCGAUUGGGUCUUGGAGCACCUCAAGGGGAAGACGGUGGGGGUGGACCCUCGCUUGGUGCCGGCGGAGCUGGCGGAGGACUGGCGCGGGAAGUGGGGCGGCGCCGUGGCCUUAAAGGAGCUGCAGGUGAACUUGGUCGACGCCGUGUGGACCACGCGCCCGGAGGACCCCUGCAAUCCUUUGCAGAUCCAUCCACUGGACCUGGCCGGGGAGACCAUUCAAAGCAAGUUGACGCGCGUGCGAGAUGCCAUCGCCUCGCAGGGCGCGGGGGCCAUUUUGCUCAGCGCCUUGGACCAGAUUGCUUGGCUCUUCAAUCUCAGAGGCUCCGACAUCGAGUGCAACCCGGUGUUCUUCGCCUACGCCGCGGUGCUCAAGGACAAGGCCAUGUUAUUCCUCCGUGGGCUGGACGAAGGCAAGCCCGGACUGCAAGCCGAGGUUCAGGAGUACCUCAGCCAGGCCGGAGUGGCCGUGAAGCCCUACAGCAGCUUCUUCAGCGACAUUGCCCUGGAGCUGGGUGAUCAGAAGGUCUUCCUGGAGUCCUCCUCCUCCUCCCUGGCCUUGAAAAGUCUGGUGCGGCCCGAGCUGCGCGUCCAGGGCCUGUCGCCCGUGGAGGACUUCAAGGCUUGCAAGAACGCCGUGGAGAUCCAGGGCCUGCGCCGCGCCUGCAAACGCGACUCCGUGGCGCUCUGCGAGCUCUUGGCCACGCUGCGCCGGAAGCUCUGCGAUGCCAAGCCGGGGGAGCAGCCUGUGAAUGAGGUGGAUGUCUCCGAGAUGAUGACAGAGCUCCGGAGCAAGCAGCCUUUGUACGUGGGCGACAGCUUCCCGACCAUUUCUUCCUCUGGGUCCAACUCUGCCGUGGUUCAUUACCAACCCGAGCGGGAGAACUGCAAAACUCUUUCGCAAACCGAGAUGUAUUUGAUUGACACUGGCGGCCAAUACAAGGACGGAACUACGGAUGUCACACGCACUAUGCAUUUUGGAAGCCCCACUGCUGAGCAAAAGCGCUUUUACACUCGGGUGCUUCAAGGCCACCUCUGCCUGGCCUCCGCGGUCUUUCCGGAGGGCACCAGCGGGCUGCUGCUGGACGCCUUUGCGCGGCGGUUCCUGUGGCAGGACGGGCUCCAGUUCGGCCACGGCACCGGCCACGGCAUCGGCGCCUACCUCAACGUGCACGAAGGGCCCAUCCUCAUUGGUGGCGGCAGCGUGCCAGGGGACAAGAUCCUGGCCAGCGAGCGCCGGCGCCGCGCCCUGCUGCUGCCGUUCAAGGCUGGGCACUUUGUGUCCGACGAGCCGGGAUGCUACAAGGAUGGGGAGUUCGGGAUCCGCAUCGAAUCAGACAUUUUGGCGGUACCAGCAGACCUGCCCUACAGCAUGGGCGCUCAGCCCUUCUUGAAGUUUGACUACCUCACGCUGGUGCCGAUGUGCCGCGAUCUCUUAGACAUGUCCAUCCUGUCAGCGUCUGAUGUGCAGUGGCUCAACGAGUACCACGCCCGCGUCUGGGAGGAGCUGAAGGAGAGCUGGCCGGAGGGCGCCUUGGCGCGGGCCUGGCUGUGGGAGGCCACGCGGCCCAUCCCGUGAGACACGCGGAUUUGAAGACGUGACCAGUCAGAGGUGUCCGGCAAGGCGAGGGGAAGGCGGACGUCAGCCGAAAGACGUGAGGGCGGCGGAUGGAGAGGGAAGAUGCAGGUUGCCACAGCAUGCCUGCGCAG